GGGGCUCGGCUCUCUCGGGGCUCUCCGCGGUGAUCCGUCCCUGCAAUGGUGACCCGCUGUCCUCCCGCAGGCCCGGAGGCAGAGCCAGGCUGUCUGACCCAGCCCAGGUUUUACCAUGCGACGCCCCGCCAGCCACCGCGCCCCGUAAACUGAGAGAAAGCACUGUAUCAGCAGAACCCUGUUGCGAGGCGCAAGGGGACCCUGCCGUAGCGCCGGGCUCCCAUCCUCCACUCCCCUCGCAGUUGAGGACGCCUAAGGAAACAGGAGAGGGUUUACUUCUACGGUUAUGUUUGAGGGCGUCCUAGUCUGCGACAAGAAACGUGCCGCGGCGGUAGAAAAAAUUUCCAGUGCACAAACCGGAAGUAUCUGAGCUGGGCGCGCUGGAUAGGCCGGAACUUGAAGGGCGGAGCUUGUGGCUGGGGCAGUGCGCGCCAAGGCGGGUCUGCUCCCAAAGCUACCUGGGUAAAGGCCCAAGAUGGCUCCCGUGACUGUCAGGGCCGUGUGAGACCCUGCUGAGACCGUGUCCUUUGAAACCCACACUUGGUCCCCAUUUUCCUGGCUGGUUUGGUGCCCUAUUGAGGUGGACAGGCAUGGCAGGGAGUCUUCCGUGGGUGGCAAGUAGGAGCCUGUGGGGCUUGCUGCCCUUGGCGUGCAGAAACUUCUCUCAGGGUGUUCCACUAUUGACCCGCGUCAGGCUUACUCUCCCAGCCCCCAGAGUGGUUGAUCGCUGGAACGAGAAGAGGGCUCUGUUUGGUGUAUAUGACAACAUCGGAAUCCUGGGGAAUUUCGAAAAACACCCUAAAGAACUGAUCAAGGGCCCAGUAUGGCUUCGAGGCUGGAGAGGAAAUGAAUUACAGCGUUGUAUCCGGAAGAAGAAAAUGGUUGGAAACAGAAUGUUCACCGAGGACCUGCACAACCUUAACAAGCGAAUCCGAUAUCUCUACAAACACUUUAACCGGCAUGGGAAGUACCGAUAGAACAGAGAACACGAAACUCCAGAAGAGAGACACACUUGUCACCCUGGAGAAGGGGAACAGGACUUGCCCUUUCAAGGAAAGAGCUCAGUGUGCUCUCUGUAAUAAAAUGGGCCUUUUUGGAAUGUGA